AUGGCCCCCCAACCAAGGGCGGCGCAAGUGUCCCCACCCAAGCCUUGGGACCAACAACGACAACAACAACAACCACCGGGCGGGGCGCUGGGCCCCCCUUCCUCAGCGGCAGGGCCCACUACCCUCGCAAGUGGGGCAGGAGGAGGGGAGCGGUACGCCCGACCAUUGUCGUCCCAAGUGUCGCUUCGAGAGGGGCUCCCGGAGGGGAAGGCGCCGCUGCUGUUGCCUCGACGGCGCAGCAAGAUGUGGGGGCAGCAACAGCAACAGCAGCAGCAGCAACAACAGCAAGCGGGAUACGGGACAUACGGAGGCGUGCAGAGCGGUUAUGGGUCCACGGCGGGGAGUUACGGGCCGGCGAAUCGAUACGGAACUGCGGGCGCGUACGGAGGCGCCGGCGGUUAUGGGAGCUCCUACGGGAGCUCCUACGGGGCUGGAGGGUAUGGAGGGUAUGGAGGGUAUGGAGGAUACGGUGGCGGCUACGGCGGCGGAAUGUCCUCGAUGUACGGCGGGGGGUACGGCUCCUACGGCGGAGGGAUGUACGGUGCAAGCCGAUAUGGGACGGGCGGGAUGGGGAUGGGCAUGGGCAUGGGCGGUAUGGACCAGCAGUACUCAUGGCUGCACAGCAUCCAGCACUUCAGUUCGUCCUUGGGUUACCUGACAGAGAUGCUAGGGAUGAACACCCAGGCGAUCGGCUUCGUUUUCGAUCCCCGCAGUACAUUGUAA